UUAAUCUCACAUCAUUCCUUGGAAGAUGUUCAUGAAAAAACGAUAUAGUAUGAAUAAACAAUUUACUUGAUUCGGUAAUCAUACGAAAUUACAGUUAUCCGUGUUGCUGCUUACAAUUGACUCCCUUCUCUUCUACUUCUUUGCGUGGUUAUACUUAAGUAAAAAAAAUGAUACUGAAGAUGAAGACGUGUCCCUUUCUCCUGCACGGGCUUUGACGUUAAAUAGUGUUUCACUCGAAUUGAAAUAUGUUUUGUAAAGACAUACAAGUUUAGUUGAUUUUUUUUAAAUAUGGCAAAAGAAAGCGGCGGUGAUAUAGUUGCCGAGAAAAAAAACAAUGUUGCCAAAAAAUCAUUUAAAAAAGCAAAUAAAAAAUCCGAAGAUGACGAAGAAGCCAAAGAUACAAAGUGGUGGUUAUGUUUUGGAUUCAUUAUUUUUGUAACUGCUGCAACAAGAUUUUAUAGGGUUACUGAACCUGCUCAUGUCUGCUGGGAUGAGACUCAUUUUGGUAAGAUGGGAAGCUGGUACAUCAAUAGGACUUUCUUUUUUGAUGUUCAUCCACCUUUGGGAAAGAUGCUUAUUGCACUAUCAGGAUAUUUAACAGGGUAUGAUGGUAAAUUUCCAUUUGAAAAACCUGGAGAUAAAUACGAGAAUACUAAUUAUAUUGGAAUGAGAGUUUUUUGUACAUUUCUGGGUGCAACAAUUGUGCCAUUGUCUUUUUUAACUGUGUGGGAAUUGAGUAAAUCAACAAGAGCUGCUUUUCUUUCAGCUAGUUUAGUCUUGUGUGAUGUUGGUCUACUGACUCUUAAUCAGUACAUCCUCCUGGAUCCUAUACUUUUGUCUUUUAUGAUGUGUGCAACUUAUGGCAUGACACGAGUAGGUUCCCUACAUGAAUGUCCAUUUACAUUUUCCUGGUGGGCAUGGUUAGCUUUUACAGGAGUGUCUCUUGCCUGCACAAUGAGUGUUAAAUUUGUUGGCUUGUUUGUUGUCUUGUUAGUUGGUCUAUAUACAAUUUACGAAUUAUGGAGAGAAUUGGGAAAUUUGAAUCAAUCAAUUGUGACUGUUGGAAAGCAUUUGUUAGCUAGGACUGUUUGUCUUAUAAUACUGCCCAUUUUCUUAUACAUGUCCUUUUUCUACAUUCAUCUUACCAUUUUAAACAAAAGUGGGAGUGGAGAUGGAUUUUAUAGUUCAGAAUUUCAAUCUUUAUUGGAAGGUAAUUCUUUACAUAAUGCUUCGAUGCCUCGUCAUUUAGCAUAUGGAGCAAAAAUUACUUUAAAAAAUCACAGAACUGGAGGUGGAUAUUUGCAUUCACAUUGGCACCUCUAUCCCGAAGGCGUUGGAGCCAGGCAACAACAGAUAACAACUUAUUCUCAUAAAGAUGAUAACAACUUAUGGAUUGUAAAAAAAUAUGACUCUGAUGAGAUACCAUCCGAGUCGGAGUUAGUAAAACAUGGUGAUCUUAUUCGACUAGAGCAUGUCAUUACUGGAAGAAAUUUACAUUCUCAUAAAGAGCUGGCGCCAAUAUCAAAGAAACAUUUUCAAGUUACUGGUUACGGAGAGAAUGGAACUGGUGAUGCUAAUGACGUUUGGAAAAUUGUCAUCCAAGGUGGCAAUAAUGGAGAUAUCGUUGAAACUGUAACCAGUAAAUUAAAAUUUGUUCAUUAUCUACACCAUUGUGUUUUAACGUGUAGUGGUAAAACCUUACCUAAAUGGGCAUACAGCCAGCAAGAGGUUUCUUGCAAUCCAAACGUGAGGGAUAAAAAUGCUCUUUGGAAUAUUGAGGAUAACAAUUAUGCCAAACUUCCAAACGUUAGUUUUCAAGUGUAUGCACCUAGUUUUUUAAAAAGAUUCUUGGAAUCUCACGCAGUAAUGUUACAGGGUAACUCUGACUUAAAAGUUAAGGAAGGUGAAGUUUCUUCCAAACCUUGGCAGUGGCCCAUCAACUACCGAGGACAGUUUUUUUCCGGCAACAACCAAAGAAUUUACCUUCUUGGCAACCCGGUGAUUUGGUGGGGUAACAUAGUAUUUCUGGUAAUAUUCACGACGGUGUACAUCAAUGCGGCUGUACGCGAGAAACGUGGCUGUAAAGAUGAUCCGGCUCUGAUUGAGCAGAGAAAAACCAUCACUUAUGCAGGAAGCUGGCUAUUCGUUGGCUGGUUGCUGCAUUACGUGCCGUUUUGGGCCAUGACUCGAAUUUUAUAUUUCCAUCAUUAUUUUCCGGCUCUGAUUUACAGUUCAAUGUUGACUGGAACUACAAUAGACUACAUCUUGAGUAAUAUUACGUUAUUGCUGCCCGAUAGAAUCGGCAAAACGCUUUAUCAUGUUGUACUUGGGGCUUUCAUCCAUUCUAUAGUUUAUAGCUUUUAUCUGUUUUCUCCAUUGUCAUAUGGAAUGGAGGGACCAUCGGCAAGUGAUCCACAGAGUCGCAUGCAUUCUUUGCGCUGGUUAGAGUCCUGGGAAUUCUGAAAGAUGGUGUACUUACGAUUGAUCCAUCCUGGAGUAUUAUUUAUAAAAAUGGUGUACUUAUGAUUCGUCCAUUGCGGAGUAUUAUUUAUGAGAUUUUUUUAUACAUGACUUUACAAUUUUUUAACACAAAGUGCAAUUAUUUAUUACAUAUCUACAUGUAUUUAUUGACAAUUUAAUACUUAAUUAAGUAGACGCGAAUAUUU